UGAAUAUCCAGACUUCGUCAAGAUAUUGUCCGGUGAAAAGAAUCAACAUAAUCGACGCAAAAGCUAGGUUCCCACCAUGUCAAAUCCAUCCUCUCAUCCCGUCUUCGCCCCCGGUUCGACCGCGCUCAUCACCGGCGCCGCGUCUGGCAUCGGCCUUGCCAUCGCCAAGCUCUGCAAGAGCCAUGGGAUGAAUGUCUAUCUAAUCGACCGGAACGCGGAGCUUCUUGUAAACGCCAAGACGGAACUGACGGGCGGGAACUUUGGGGACCGCUCGGUUAUGGUAGCGACAUAUGAUGUGUCGAAACUGAGUGACUGGGAUAGCUUGAAGCGGGAUGCGGCGGAGUUGUUUGGGAGUAUUGAGCUUUUGGUGCUCAACGCCGGAACGGUUGCGAAGGGGGGUUGGGAGGAUAAUGAGUAUUUCUCCAAAAUCCUGCAAACUAAUCUCUUCGGCGUCAUAAACGGGAUCAAUACCUUCCUCCCUGUCGUGAAGCAGGCGUCAGCGAAGAAGCCAACCGCCAUCGUUAUCACAGGAAGCAAGCAGGGCAUCACCAACCCCCCGGGAAACCCAGCUUACAAUGCGUCUAAAGCGGCCGUCAAGUCGCUGGCGGAGCAGCUCGGCUAUGAUCUACGCGACUCGAAGACAAGCGUCCACCUGCUGGUCCCUGGAUGGACGUUCACAGGGCUGUCUGGUGGUGGUCCAGACAGUACGGUUGAAAAGCCCACAGGGGCAUGGCGUCCCGAUCAAGUAGCGGACUAUAUGUUCAAGAAAAUGGCGGAGGACAAGUUCUAUAUCCUUUGUCCUGAUGAUGAUGUCAAUGAAGAAACGGACAAAAAGCGGAUAGCGUGGAGUGCAUGGGAUAUCAUUUCCGGCCGGCCGCCACUGACGAGAUGGAGACCGGAAUGGAAGAAAGAGGCAGAGGAGUCGAUGGCAAAGAUGGAUUUGUGAUUAUGGCUUGAAAACUCGUCUGGCUAUGGACUCCAUGUAAACAGUUGGGAAAACCACAAUAGAAACGAGAGAAAGGAAAGAAGUUUUGUGUACAGAAUAUAGUGCUCUUACUGUUUCAUUGAAACGCGGUGGCACUAAGCGCCCUUCCAGGGUGAGAUGCGCCAUGUUUCAUGAGUAUCAUCC